CGAGGCCAUAAAAGGGACCGAGUGUCCCCCGAGGUCAGAGAGUUCGCGAUCCUCCUCGCUUGCCGCUAAGUCCAGCCCGGCCCAGCCACGAUGUCCAUCCACUUCAGCUCGCGCUCCGCCACCUUCCCGGGUCGCAGCACCCAGGUGCGCCUGAGCUCUGCUAGCCGGGGCGGCUUUGGCGGCAGCAGCAGCCUGUACGGCCUGGGCCUGGGCGCUUCCCGGCCGCUGGUGGCCGUGCGCUCUGCCUAUGGAAGCCCGGUAGGCGCCAGCAUCCGUGAGGUCACCGUCAAUCAGAACCUGUUGGCCCCUCUGCGGGUGGACAUCGACCCCUCCAUCCAGCGUGUGCGCCAGGAGGAGCGCGAGCAGAUCAAGACCCUCAAUGACAAAUUUGCUUCCUUCAUCGACAAGGUGCGGUUUCUGGAGCAGCAGAACAAGCUGCUGGAGACCAAGUGGGCGCUGCUGCAGGAGCAGAAGUCGGCCAAGGGCAGCCGCCUCCCUAGUGUCUUUGAGGCCCAGAUUGCUGGCCUGAGGGGGCAGCUCGAGGCACUGCAGGUAGAUGGGGGCCGCCUGGAGGUGGAGCUACGGACCAUGCAGGAUGUGGUGGAAGACUUCAAGAACAAGUAUGAAGAUGAAAUUAAUGGUCGCACGGCUGCUGAGAAUGAGUUUGUGGUGUUGAAGAAGGAUGUGGACGCUGCCUACAUGAAUAAGGUGGAGCUGGAGGCCAAGGUGGAUGCCUUGAAUGAUGAGAUCAACUUUCUGAAGAACAUUAAUGAGACGGAGCUGACAGAGCUGCAGUCCCAGAUUCAGGACACAUCUGUGGUGCUGUCCAUGGACAACAGCCGCUCCCUGGACCUGGACAGCAUCAUCGCCGAGGUCCGCACCCAGUACGAGGACAUGGCCAACCGCAGCCGGGCUGAGGCCGAAACCUGGUACCAGACCAAGUUCGAGACCCUGCAGGCCCAGGCUGGAAAGCACGGGGAUACACUCCGGAAUACCCGGAAUGAGAUUGCAGAGAUGAACCGUGCCAUCCAGAGGCUGCAGGCCGAGAUCAACAACGUCAAGAACCAGUGUGCCAAGUUGGAGGCUGCCAUCACCGAGGCUGAGGAGCGUGGAGAGCUGGCACUCAAGGACGCUCGUGCCAAGCAGAAGGAGUUAGAAGCCGCCCUGCAGCGGGCCAAACAGGACAUGGCGCGGCAGCUACGCGAGUACCAGGAGCUCAUGAACACCAAGCUGGCCCUGGACAUCGAGAUCGCCACCUACCGCAAGCUGCUGGAGGGCGAGGAGAGCCGGUUGGCUGGAGAUGGCGUGGGCACCGUGAACAUCUCCGUGGUGAAUUCCACCGGUGGAGGUGGCAGUGGGCUGGUCUUCGGGGGAACCAUGGGCAGCAACGCUCUGCGCUUCUCGAGCAGUGGGGGCCCUGGGGCCCUCAAGGCCUAUUCCAUCAGGAACACAUCCACGGUCCACAAGAGUGUCCACAACUGAGCUGCCGGUCUGAGGAGACCCUUACCCGCUCUGCACAGUCACAGGAGGACUCCCUCCCUGUCUCACCUCCCUGGUCCCACAACUGCAAAACAGUCUGAAAAAUGACUCCAGAGUAGCCCCCAAUAAAGCAGCCUCUUUCUGAGGCCUGGGUGAGUCCCUGGCCUGGUA